AUGAUUAACGAGGCUGAUCAGUCGAUCUCAUUCAUCUUACGGGCGGAGCGUUCGUUGGGUGGCCAUGUCGUUCGAAUGCAUGCUUCAUCUGAACCUGCUGGUCAAGGUUCUGUUAAUGCUCACGCCACUGCUCUCACAAAGUAUGCCGAUACACCAACAGGUUCUUUCAUGACGCGGCACACCUCGGACAUGCGAAUAUCCUAUGUUCAUGAUCGUCUCAAUUAUAUU